GUAGCGGUCUCCGUCUCCCAGCAGAAGACGCAGCCAUGAAUCCGUUAUUCGGCCCCAACCUCUUCCUCCUACAGCAGGAGCAGCAGGGCCUGGCCGGGCCGCUGGGGGACCCUCUCGGAGACGACCACUUCGCCGGGGGAGGGGACGUGUCCCCGGCGCCGCUCGCCCCGGCCGGCCCGGCUGCUUACUCGCCGCCCGGGCCGGGCCCGGCGCCCCCCGCCGCCAUGGCUCUCCGCAACGACCUGGGCUCCAACAUCAACGUGCUCAAGACCCUGAACCUCCGGUUCCGCUGCUUCCUGGCCAAGGUGCACGAGCUGGAGCGCCGCAACCGGCUGCUGGAGAAGCAGCUGCAGCAGGCGCUGGAGGAGGGUAAGCAGGGCCGGCGGGGCCUGGCUCGCCGCGACCAGGCCGUGCAGACCGGCUUCGUCAGCCCCAUCCGGCCCCUGGGGCUGCCCCUGAGCGCCCGGCCCGCCGCCGUCUGCACCCCUUCGGCGCGGGUGCUGGGCUCGCCCGCGCGUUCGCCAGCCGGCCCCCUCGUGCCCUCCGCGGCCUGCCACUCGUCGCCCUCCACCUCCACCUCCACCUCCUACUCCUCGUCAGCCCGCUUCAUGCCCGGCACCAUCUGGUCCUUCUCUCACGCCCGCCGGCUCGGGCCGGGACUGGAGCCCACGCUGGUGCAAGGGCCUGGCCUGUCGUGGGUGCAUCCCGACGGGGUGGGCGUCCAGAUCGACACCAUCACCCCCGAGAUCCGCGCGCUCUACAACGUCCUGGCUAAAGUGAAGCGCGAGCGGGACGAGUACAAGCGGAGCUGUCCAGGGCAGCAGAGAGUUAUUCCUUGGGGAUUGAUGAGCUCAUCGCUCUGCAGCAUGCUGCUGUGCAGAGGGCCCCGAGGAGCCCUGGGCUGGUGCGGGCAGGAGGCGGGAGACCGGAUCUGUGCCCCUGAAGGUGGCCUGGGGGUCUGGUGGGAAGAGGAGUACACUGUGCGGAUACAGCUGCAGGAGCGAGUGAACGAGCUCCAGGAGCCCGGCAGAAAGGCCCCCGCCCUCCUUGACGGCGGGUUCCCUGUCUCCAGGAGGGAGUAUGAUUUUGAGGACGACUGUGACAGCCUGACUUGGGAGGAGACUGAGGAGACCCUGCUGCUUUGGGAGGAUUUCUCAGGCUAUGCCAUGGCAGCCGCAGAGGCGCAGGGAGAGCAGGAAGACAGUUUGGAGAAGGUGAUUAAAGAUACGGAGUCCCUGUUCAAAACCCGGGAGAAAGAAUAUCAGGAAACCAUUGACCAGAUAGAGCUGGAGCUGGCCACGGCCAAGAAUGACAUGAACCGCCACUUGCAUGAGUACAUGGAGAUGUGCAGCAUGAAGCGCGGCCUGGACGUGCAGAUGGAGACCUGUCGCCGGCUCAUCACCCAGUCGGGAGACCGAAAGUCUCCUGCUUUCACUGCGGUCCCGCUUAGUGACCCACCGCCGCCGCCAAGCGAGGCUGAGGACUCCGAUCGAGAUGUCUCAUCUGAUAGCUCCAUGAGAUAGGGACCCGCCUCCAGCGCCCUGGGGCCCCACUGUGCUGGGAACUCACCAAGGCAGAGGGGUGGGGGGGUUCACAGAAGGGGAACAUCAUCCGUCCCGCCGCACCAAGCCUUGCCCCUGGGGACUGGGGCGCUCCUUCCUUGGGCUUCCUGCCUGUGACCUUGGCCUCCAGGGUUCUAAGGUGUCUGGAGCGAGGCUUAGCCCGCCCGUCCCAGGUGACUCCCACCACAGCCGGGGCUCUCCUGCCUUCAUGCGUGGGUGGCUGCUACUUUCUCAUCUUUUUUUUUUUUUAAAGAUUUUAUUUAUUUACCUGAGAGAGAGAGAGAGCACAGAGGA